GUUGCCGCGCGCCAGUCACCUGUGUGUAGCCUUAACUCGUGUUAACAAGUCAUAAUUUGAAUGGAAAACGAAAUACGAUUUUAUUUAAGAAAUAAAUUGAGUCCAACGAUACAAAACGUAAUAAAGUAAUACGCUAGUGUUACCAGAACGCUGAAAUGAUAUCACGAUGGAGGAAAACUGUAUCGAGAUUGUUCCUAAUUCCCCAGCGGUAUGUCUUGGGCAUCAUGGGUCUGUUGGCUGUGUGCAACGCGUACACCAUGCGAGUUUGCCUCAACCUGGCCGUCACUCAAAUGGUUAAUACAACGAAGCACGAAGACGCGCAUUUUGAUCCUGACGCGUGUCCUGACGACAGCGAAAUCCUGACCAACGGAACAGUUAGCUUGAAACCGUACGCUAUAUUCGAUUGGUCCGAAUCAACACAAGGCCUGAUACUCAGCGGGUUUUACUAUGGAUACGCUAUAACUCAUGUCCCUGGAGGAUACUUGGCGGAAAAAUACGGAGGGAAAUGGACUUUGGGAAUAGGUCUUCUGAGUACAGCUAUCUUCACGCUCAUGACGCCCGUAGUUGUGAAAGCUGGGGGAGCUACUUGGCUAUUCAUUUUGAGAGUAUUACAAGGAAUGGGUGAGGGUCCAACAAUGCCGGCUCUGAUGAUAGUACUAGCUCGAUGGGUUCCACCCCAUGAACGAUCACGGCAAGGAGCUUUGGUCUUUGGUGGAGCACAAAUAGGGAAUAUAUUCGGUUCUUUCAUGUCAGGAUUCUUGAUGGCUGGAGAUGGUGAUUGGGCUAAUGUGUUUUAUUUCUUCGGAUGCUUUGGUGUACUCUGGUUCGUGGCUUGGAGUAUACUUUGCUUCAGUACACCAAACACUCACCCGUAUAUUUCUGAGGAGGAGUUGAAUUAUCUUAAUGAAACAGUAACGAGUGCUGAUACAAAAAGCGUCAGAGACCCCGUGCCUUGGAAAGCGAUUGUCAGAUCAGUGCCUGUUUGGGCAUUAUUGUUCGCUGCUGUUGGUCACGACUGGGGCUACUACACAAUGGUGACAGAUUUACCGAAAUACAUGACAGACGUUCUUAAAUUCAACAUCGCUACAACUGGAACGCUAACUGCGAUUCCGUAUCUCGCCAUGUGGAUAAGCUCAUUUAUAUUUGGAUGGGCCUGUGAUUUUUGCGUGAAAAAGAAUUGGCAUUCCAUUAAGACCGGCCGGAUCAUUCAUACGACUAUAGCUGCGACGGGGCCAGCAAUAUGUAUCAUAUUGGCUUCAUAUGCGGGCUGCGACCGUUUUGCCGCCGUCGCCUAUUUCAUCGCAUCUAUGGCUCUCAUGGGAGGAUUCUACAGUGGAAUGAAGGUGAAUGCUUUAGACUUGGCACCGAAUUAUGCGGGCUCCUUGACCGCCAUGAUCAACGGGACGUCAACAAUAUCGGGAAUCAUCACGCCGUAUCUAAUUGGGCUAUUAACGCCAGACUCAACCCUGGUACAGUGGCGUGUCGCGUUUUGGGUUUGUUUCGCCGUUCUGGUUGGAACGAACGUCGUGUACAUAAUUUGGGCUGACGGGAAACGUCAGUGGUGGGAUGACGUGCGUCAAUACGGUUAUCCUGCUGAUUGGAAACACGGUCCCCUGAAAAUGGCGGACGAAGACAAAGAGAAAAGUAAAAAAGCCGAAGCUAAAGAUUCCGGGAAGUGAAAACGUGGAAUUUUCAACAAAUCGGAUUGUCAUUUCGAAUAUAUUACAUCAUAGUUUAAUGAAAUUUAAUUUUGUUUCGCCUUCAUUUUUCGGCAUUAUGUAACUGAACAAGUUUCACUAUUUUUGUUUAACUCUGUGUACAUAAACAUAAAAAAAACAUUAUUUACAUGUUGCAAAGUGAGCUUACAGUUUUCACUGCUGGCAAUCUAUGAAUAAUCUACAUUACAUCUAAAUUUACAUGAUCGUCUGCAGAAUAUAUGUCACGUGCUUUUUAGAAUGAUUGUAUAGCGUAAGCUGUAAGUGCAGGUUCUAAAGUUUUAAUUAAGUGCAAGUACCUACAAAAUCCGUGUUUAUUUUUUAAUAAUAU